AUGAGCCGGGAUUCAGCCCACCAAAGCCUGGCCUCGAAGAUCUUCUGUUUAUGCUGCAGAGACUGUGAAGAGCCCUGUGCCGUGCAUGACUCCAAGGUCCCCAGUCAAACCCAAGAGCCUCAGCCAUUGACCUGCAGUAGGUCCCAGACAAGAACGCCCCGCCUGGCCUCUCUCGACCUCAUUGUGUUCAUCCCUCUUCUGCUGAGAUAUCCUCAGAUUUCCUUCAGCGAGAUGGAGCAGUUCAACAGCAGGAGAAAAACUCCCAUGGCAGAUUUUGCCAGAAAUCCGCCUGUGGAAUUAUCACUACCAGGCUUGCAGAAGGAGGAGGUGGCCAGCAAGAACUCCAGUGUAGAUGCUAACGAAGCCUCCCGCUUACCUUUGGGACAACCUCUCAUCCACCCAGAAAAGAGAGCCUCCUCCACCAGCAACAAUGAGUAUGAAAAACGGAACACACAUGUGUGCCCAAGAGGCUUUUACAAGAGAAACCUAAACUGCUACUCUCAGGAUCACUGGCCAUUCCAGCCGUGCCACAUUGGGAGACCCUGAGCAUUCUAGUCCACAGCUCCCAGGCAGGCCUCCAGUACUGCAUGCUGCUAGAGGGGCUCCGGGAGGAAGGGGGCGGUGAGCAGGGGCCAUGAAGACAGAUUCAGAAACUCCCCCGGAGGAGAAGAAGACGUCUGAGCCACCUCUGUGCCACCAGCAAGAAUCCCUUCAGCUCCUGAAAAAGCCACUGUGGGGGGAGCUGCCUCCAAUUA